UCUCUCUCUAGCGGCGGCGUUCGCGGCAGCGUUCGCAGAGUCGGCGAGAAGACCCAGUUGCCGCUCCGCCUGACGUACUCACUCGCGCUCCCUCGUCCUCCUCCUCACCCGGGAACUGCUUCUGGCUGCUUCCAGCAGAGGCGGCGGCGCUCCCAUUGAUCAGGGGUCUUCCAGAAGGUCUCCCCUCGAGGCUUUCCGGCUCCUCACUCCUGGACACUUUGUCAGCCCGCUCGACCCCCAAAGCAGCAACUUCUGAAGAACGCGGGCAGAUGCCACAGGGAGCCUCUGGGAAGACGGACACGCUGUCCCACCGCGCUAAAGGAGAUCGCUAAGCUAUAGAUGUGUAGGUUUUUAAAGAAGCUUGUCAGAUGGAUCAGCUCAGAGGAACGUUCCACCAAGAUGCUUGAGACUGUGGAAUAAACAGAAUAACACUUAUGGAAUUAAAAUCACUGAAUAUAUCUCAUUUUUCUGGUUCAACAAGUCCUGAAAGAUUACUUUACCAUAUUAUUAUUUACAUUCUUACUAAAAUUUGUUUCUGAUGCAGCUGAGGAAAAUGCAGUCCAUUAAAACAGAACAGGCAUCUGCUGAUGCAAGCAGCAACAUGGACAAAAUUAUGGUUCUUAAUUCUACACUGACUGAUGUAUCAGAUGACUUAGCUACUGGUGAUGAAAUGUUACUUGCAGAAGGAGCCAUUGUAAAAACUAAGGCUUCAGCAUGCCGGAGAAAGAGGGAAUUCAUUCCGGAUGAAAAGAAAGAUGCAAUGUACUGGGAAAAACGGCGGAAAAAUAAUGAAGCUGCCAAAAGGUCUCGUGAAAAGCGGCGACUGAAUGAUCUUGUUUUAGAGAACAAGCUAAUUGCACUGGGAGAAGAAAAUGCCACUUUAAAAGCUGAGUUACUUUCACUGAAGCUAAAGUUUGGUUUAAUAAGCUCUUCUGCAUAUGCCCAAGAGGUUCAGAAGCUCAACAAUUCAACAGUUGUUUAUUUUCAAGAAUAUCAGAAUUCCAAAUCAAGCAUUAAUGCUUUAAUUGAUGAACAUGAGCCAACUAUUGUAAGCAGUAGUUGUAUAUCUGUCAUUAAGCACUCACCACAAAGCUCUUUAUCUGAUGUAUCUGAAGCGUCAUCAAUAGAGCAUACUCAAGCAAGCCCUAUACAAAACAAUUGCAGAAAUACUGAUAAUAAAUUCCAAAUCAUAAAGCAGGAGCCUAUGGAAUUAGAAAACUAUACAAGAGAUUCACGGGAUGAAAGAGGGUCCUAUACAACAUCAAUGUAUCCAAGCUUCAUGGGAAGUCACUUUAAUGGCUAUUCACAUUCCCCUCCACUGUUGCAAGUGAACAGGUCCUCCAGCAAUUCUCCAAGGACUUCAGAAGCUGAUGAGGGUGUUGUGGGAAAGUCAUCAGAUGGAGAAGAUGAGCAGCAGGUUCCUAAAGGUCCAAUCCAUUCUCCUGUUGAACUUAAAAAUACUAAUGCCAUAGUUAAAGUUCCAGAGGUGAGCUCUUCUGCACUUCCUCAUAAACUGAGAAUUAAGGCAAAGGCCAUGCAAAUCAAAGUGGAAACAUUAGAAAAUGAGUAUGAUGCCACCCAGAAACUAUUGUCACCUAUUGAUAUGUCAUCUAAAAGACAUUUUGAACUUGAAAAGCAUAAUGCACAAAAUUUAGUACAUACUACUCACACUCCUUUCUCAAUUCAAGUGACUAAUAUCCAAGACUGGUCUCUGAAGCCAGAACACUGGCACCAUCAAAAAGAACUCACUGAAAAAAUUCAGAGUGGCUGCAAAACCACAGGGCUUGAUGUUAAAGACAAUUCCUACAAAGUGUCUGAGACAGAAAACUUGUACUUGAAGCAGGGCAUAGCAAAUUUGUCUGCAGAGGUUGCUUCACUUAAGAGACUUAUAACUACACAACACAUCUCUGCUUCAGACUCUGGCUAAAUGACUACUGAAUAAAUGCUUAUUAUUUUAAAGGAUGUCAUUUGCAGUAGAUUGGUAUGUUUUGUAUUACGCUGAAUUUUCACUGGACUUGGAAUGUCAUUUCACUGUAAUGUUCACAUAAUGUCUGAUGGAUGAUGUCUUUUUGUGCACAGGUGACUGUGGAGAUAAGAUUGUCAAGAUCACUAGCCUUGUGUAUGGUGAAGAUGCCUGUGUACAUGCUGUAUAUAGUGAACAUUAUUUUUCUGUCAUUCUGUUACUAUAAAGUGUGGAGGUUGCCAGUUCCAAUAAACAAUUGGUGACAAGCACAAA